GCUGCGCACGAGCACCUCACUGUUAAGACUCGGACCAUUCUCAAACAAAACUCUGCAAAAUGUCACAAUCGAUCCUGAAUGAAUCUAGCCCAUACGGGUUAGGUACGCCGCAUUCGUUCGACCACCUGCAGUGCGGACAAGUAUGGUUCGACAGCGAUGUUGAAGAGGUGCGGCCGCCAAGCCCAGAGAGAACCAUCGCUAAAAAGAAAAGUGUUGCGGCCAGACAGUCCAGAAAACGGCGGGCGGAGGAUGACACCACAACCUCUUACGUGAUGAGCAAAUCACCGCGACCAGGACAUCGGCUCGUGAGAAUUGAGGUUGUGGAUCUGAACAGCAGUACUAGUGACAGUGAGUGUGUAGUGCUAAAAGCACAGUACGUUGUGACGCAUCCGGUAGAUGAGAUAAUAGACAUGACGGAAAACCUAGUGAAAAAAAUUACAAAGACUAUGUGUAGCUCUUAAGUUAGUUUAGGUUUAGUAUAUAAACUGUAUUUUUGUUUAGAUGUAGGUAGAUUAAAAUAAAUAAAAGACUUUAAUAA